CGCUACUUCCUGUGCAAUGAAGUCUUGGCGCGACAUUACAGUUGUAAACAACAGGAGGACGCGUAAGAAUACACAAACAAGAACUCCUUAAGAAACUGAGCCACAGAGAAACUUGGAAGAAUGGAAGACAUAGACACCAACGAUACCUCUGGCCUCUUUGUACCUGAUGCCGAUGAGGAUUCUGUGGAUAUCUAUGAUGGCCUGGAUAUCACUUUUAGCAGCAAUGCAGAGAAGUCACCCCCGAAGGCGUCUCAGCUCAAAGACUCAAUGGAUCUUUAUGAAGAAAUUGUCACAGAGGAACAGCAGAGCAGAGAGACGUCAUACUCUGAGUUGAAGUCCAGAUUCCAAGCAGCUCAAAACCAAAUUAUUGAGCUGCGCAGGAGAGUGGAGCAGAUGCAGAUGCAGAAUACAGGUUUGAACACUGAGAACUUCCGUCUCAAAAAGAACAUCUCUGCACUUUUACAAACAGCUAGACAGGAGGUGACACGAAAAGAUGCUGAGAUUCAGAGGUUGAACCAGCAAUCAGACAAACGUCAUCACCAACCUCACAUUAACAAUCUGCGGGAUCAAAAAUCUACCAGUCAGCGCUACAUGAGUAGGCCGCCUCCUCCGCCAACCUCCUGUCUUCCGCCUCCCUCCUGUCCUCCACCAACCUCCUGUCUUCCGCCUCCCUCCUGUCCACCACCACCUCCUCCUCCCCAAUCCUGUCCUCCUCCCCCUCUUCCGCCUCUACCAGCUCGACCUCCCAGGGAGGAUCAUCCUCCAAGCAAUCUUCCUCAACCCCCCAAGAAAGAAAGUGAUCCACUCAGCGGAUCCAGCAGGAAAUCCAGUAGCAGUUCAUCAACCCGACACAGUGAAUCAGACAAACGCAAGUCCAAGCACCGAGAGGAAAAAUGUCAAAAACUAUCUGAGUGGACAGAUAGGAGACAUAGAAGUGUUUCAGAUCCCAACAAGGACAGCUCUUUCCCUGACAAAAACAGGUCUCACAAAGCGGACAAAGAAACGGAACGAAGAUAUGACUCCAGGUCAUGUAAAAGCAAGCACAGAUCAGACCGGUCUAAAAGCCCUCCACCAGAGAGUGCAGUUCCCACCGAUGAAAAGAAAGGGAGCAGGAGUCGAGAACAGAGACGAGAUGCAGCCAAAAUGUCCACAUCGGACUCCGAACAUAGCGCAGCUCACAGCUCUAAAGAGGGCCACGGCCGAGAUCAUAGAAAAAUCAAGAUUAGUGACGGACAUGUCAGAAGGUCAGACUCAAAGGACCGGAAAAAGUCCUCUUCAAAUCAACAUGCUGAGCGCGGCAGUGAGUCCUCCAAAGAGAGGGGAGGGGACAGGCUGACAAAGGACAAUGAAAGGAAGGAGGAGAGACGACAUGAAGAUAGGGCCAACAGAAAGCAUAAGAGGAGCACAAGCAGAGAACGUGAGAAGGCAAGAUCAAAAGAAUCCGACCAGGUAAAAGUGGACGUCACAAGUAAGGAAAGACCUGAAAAGACACAGGAGGCCGUAAAAAGAUCAUCCGAAGAACCAAAAAUCUCUGACAAAAGCACUGUGGAGGAAAAUAGUCCAAACAGGAAGCUGUGUUUCAUGGAAACAUUGAACCUAACCCUUUCGCCAAUUAAGAAGCCAUCGUUGCCCGUCGAUGCCAGCCAGGGUGACCUCAUACCAGUGGACAAGGUAGUUGAAGACAGACCGGAUGAUGAGAGCUCACAGCCCAACUUUGAGGACAUGUGUGUGAUUGAUGAAGUGGACAGCAGUGAAUUAGAAGCAGGGUUGGGAGAUUUGGCAGAAGAAUCCUCAUGCACUCCGAAAAGUUCCAAAAAGACUAACGAGAGGUGCGAUGAUGUGAAAGCUGUCCAGGAAAAGGACAAAAACCGGAGGGACGCUCCUGCUGCUGACAAGCAACUUGAAGAUAUUUCAGCCCAAACUACCUCAGCUCGUAGCCAACACCCAGAUGCUGCAGAGAAGCGGAAGACUGUGCACCCCACACCAACGUCUCCACAGACUAGUUCUCUAAAAUCAAAAGGUGUCCAAAGAAACCAUGAGGACAAGCUGGCCUCAGACAGCCAGGUAGAGGAUUGUGGACCUCUGGAGGUUCCAGAUGGUGACAGAGACGCAUCUGGAAGCAUUCAUGAACAACACCGGGGCGAUUCUUCUCAAAAAGUAAAACUUGGAAAUAAUACGGAUCAAGCUGUUGCUCUUAAAGGCCCCGAUGUGCUUGAUCCACGUGUAGAACUGAAGUGUAGUACUCCUAAGACUGCAGGACAGAAACGCCUCCCUGUGGAUUCAGUCGAAGAACAUUCACCCUUAAGGGAAAAUCCUGCAGCCGAAGAUGUCGCUGACAAGGCCAACCGCCAAAGGAAGCAACUUUCUCCCACUAUUCUACCUCAGGACUGUCGGCAAACACCGCGUCCUCCUGCUACCGUUUCCAUUCACAAGAAAGAUGCUUGUCGAAUGCAAGAUGUUCCCAAAGAUGCAGAUGCCGUAUCCAGUACGAUAAGCCUUGAAUCUCUUCCACAAGAAGGGCUAAGUCUGCCUGAGGCCAUUUACGUUUUGACCCGGACUAAUGAAGACGGCAACGACAGCAGUGGCAUCUUUACCGAGCCAAGCUCCUCUACCGGCUGCAUCGCCGUGUCCAAGGUCAGCAGUACGACGGGGGAGACGGCGCCGCCGGCCAAGCACAGUGGCUUCCUUUUCACGCCAAAGAAAAGCUUCACCCCUAGAAAGAGCCGUGAGAAUAACAUUGAGCCUUCCAGUUCAAUGCCGCUACUUCACGAUGAGGACUCCAUGAUGAACACACUGAGCAAUCUGAAGAGGAUCCCCGAUGCCAUUAGCCCUCUGAGGAGCCCAAUACGGAUAACCAAGAGAAGUCAACUCCAUGUUCUUGGCAAGCCGAGUCAUGUCAAGAGCCUUCAAAAAGAUUUCUCCAGCGCUCCUGUUGAUGCCAACUCAACGAAGUUGGAUGUUAACAAGGAAAACAAGUAUCCGGGUUCUCCUGCAAACCACGACGCUCAGAACUCGGUGGACAGGGUGUCCGACCCGCCUUCAAGUCUCUCUGAAACCGAACUGGAGGAAGGGGAAAUCUUAAGCGAAAGUGAUGAGGCCGCCACCGGUUCUCCUGCUCCUGCAACCAAGAGGGCGAAGUUAGCAAAACCAGCAGGAAACAAACCAAGUCCUAAGACGUUGUUAAAGAAGAAAUCUGAAGGAAGGUGUGUUGCAAUGAAAGAAACAGCGGGUGUAUCAACAAUAAGCCCGAAGAGUCGCUUUAAAACGGUUUGCCCCGCAGCAAGCAAAUCCUCAUAUUCCACAAUAGAGGAAGUAAUGGAGACAUUUAAGGUGGUUCGUGCCCAGAUCAGAAAAAAGUACAUGAAGCUCCACAAAACCUUUCCCAAGAAGAGCUUCUAUGGGGUGAUGGAAAAUUUCCAGGAGUCCUUUUUUGAGUUUGUUGAUGGCGCUCAUUUCGGUCAAAUAUGCAGCCAGGCAGAGGAGCUGAAAUCCAACCUGAAGAAACAGAUUGCAUCUGUGUUCGGCAAAGUAUCAAAUAACGGUAUCGUGAAGCGUAUCUUUGAGCAGCAAGCAGUCGAUCUGAAGCAAAGGUUGUGGGACUUUGUAGAUGUCCAAGUUGACUACUUGUUUAAGGACAUUCACACGACCCUGAAGAGUCUCUGCAAACCAGCAAGAGCUCACGCUGAGGACAGCAGGCCCGGUGGAAAUGAGAAAGUGUCCAGACAGCCUCCUGCAAAGAAGCCGCAGUGCCAACAAAUGGAAGCACAGUCGGCUCCGACCAGCAUUCAUCCAAACAGGCCUUGUGUUGUGGCGCCGUACAAAACAGGCCUCGGAAGCAGAGGGAAAGAUAUCAGAAUCACACAUGUGGAAAAAAACAGAAAUGUUGACCGUUCAACAAACAACCCAAACACACAAACUAUGUCCGUCUUCCUCCCGCCGAAAAACGUUCCUUCAACCCCAGAGAAAAAAAGCAACGUGUCGUCUUUGGUCGUCUCUCAAAAUGGCUCUGUGCUCGACAAAACCGACUUCGAGCUUCUCACGGAGCAGCAAGCUUCCAGUUUGACGUUCAACCUGGUGAGGGACACUCAAAUGGGAGAAAUCUUCAAGUGUCUCCUGCAAGGAUCCGACCUGCUGGAAACCGGCGGCAUCACCGGAGACGGAACAGCCUGGUCCCUCGGUACGCCGAGGAAGGACGGGGAGAGGCUCCUCAGCAUCACCACGCCGUCGAAAUUUGACUCUCCGUCUAAACUUCUGUCCCCGAUCAAAUUCGAUACUCCCUCCAAACUUAUCGCGACGUGGUCCAGCAUCUCCCCUCGCAAGCUGGCGUCUCCGCGAUCCAAAGAUCAGAUCCACCUGAAUCCGGCUUUGUUCGAUGAAAGCUGCUUGCUAGAGGUGCCGUCAGAGAGUAGAGCGAUGCUGCACUCCAGCUCGGCGGCACAGAGGUCGUAUUCCAUCCUAGCCGAAGACCUGGCGGUCUCCCUCACCAUUCCCUCUCCGCUCAAGUCCGACAGCCACCUCAGCUUCCUGCAGCCGUCGAGCAUGCACCUGAUGUCCACCCCGGACAGCGUCAUCAGCGCUCACAUAAGCGAGGACGCUCUGCUGGACGAGGAGGACGCGUCGGAGCAGGACAUCCACCUGGCCCUCGACACCGACAACUCCAGCUGCUGCUCCAGCAGCAGCGGCAGCAGCAGGGAGGUGCUCGCCACACCUUUCAUGUUCAAGCCCGACCUGCCCAUGCAGGCGCUGGUGAUGGAGAAGUCCAACGAUCAUUUCAUUGUGAAGAUCCGUCAGGCGGCCACCGGCGCGGAUACCACGCUCACCGCCGAUGACAGCUUGAGUCGAACACUAACGGGAGAAGACCAGCGGCACGGAGAAGACGACGAGGAAACUAAAGACUUGUGGGACAAAUCGCACCCUGGCACUCCGUCAAAUGCUACGCCAUCAGAGAACAGUCCGUCAGGGGUUUGUCAGGCUGCCACCGAUGCGAAAGGCCAUCACUCUCAAGGUGAGGACUUAACGCUAACGAAAGAUUCCUUCCACAAAAAAGAUUUAUCAACUCAACAAAAUACCUCAGAAGUUUGUUUUUCUGGGGAACCACAGAAACUGAAAAAUCAGCCCAGAACUACUCCAGACAACAAUUUGCACAACAGAGUUCAAAGCUCCGAUCAUUUCUUUGGACGGGUCAGCCAGGCAACCAGCAGAGAAGAGAUCACAGUCGCUGCCGACGAGAACGAGAGUCACAGAGAAGAAGCGACGCCCCAUCAAAGUCCCUCCAAAGCUCUUUUAUUGAAGGGUCGGAGAAGGAUCAGUUGCUCCGAGACUGCGUCGGAUAACGGUCUGCGUCGACCUGCUGAAAGCUCUGAAACCAGUCAAGAAAGCCAAGUGUCGGAAUCGCAGGCCUCAGACUCUGAGAGAGAUGUCACCACUGCGCAGGACACGAGCAUCACGCCGGAGAAAACCAGAGGUAGAAAACGGAGGAAGCGCCUAGAGAAAUCAAAAGCCAAGCGGUCCAGGAUGGAGGAAGAGGAGAGCGCAGAGGAGAUCGGGUCGGACUGCAAGAGAGACGACGGGGAAUCCAGAUCCUCCCCGGCGUCCAUGUCCCCCAACAGUCUCUAUGCCAAGAACGUGGUCAGGAAGAAGGGCGAGGUGGUGAUGGCGUGGACCAGAGAUGAAGAUCGAGCCAUCCUCAUCGACCUGAAGAAAAAAGGUGCCUCCCGAGAGACUUUCUCUGGCUUGUCAGAGAAACUCAAUAAGCCUUCAGAGCAGAUCGCUCACAGAUUUUACCAGCUCAUGAAGCUUUUUAAGAAGCAGGAGAAGAUGGACCCUUGAGCCCCUUGACUGCGUUAUUAUCGCAACAGUUGUUGUAUUACAGCGCUCCAUGCAGACACACUUUGGCACCAACACAGGCAGGUGGGCUGCUGUUCGUUUGAUGGGGUGCCGGAAGAAGUGAACACAGCGGGGGGGGGGCUGGGUGGUCACAGGAUCGAUCCCCACAUAGGCCACCUCGUCUAUCAGGAUCUAGAACCCUGCAUUGUCCCACCGAUCAAACACGAGCAGCCGUUUUAGCCCAGCUUUGGUUUUUCAAACUAAUUCGUACUGUAGUCACUGUCCCUAUAAGUAUUUUCUUCUGGAUAACUGGGGGAAAAAAAGGAUUCAACAAUAAGAACAACUGACAAGAUGAACGGUCAUCAGUAUUACUGUUUAUGAUGCACUUUGGGGGUUUUUAGGAAUACAUAUUUCUAAACUGCUGUCACUACAAAAGUAUUAGGUCUGGAUAUGAUGUCACUUUGUCCUCACUCAGUGCAGCAUCUACAGACGCCUCCCUCUCUCUGACUGUGCAGAUAUGAUGCAUUGCAACAAUGGAAGUCACUUUACGUCUAGUCCCAAACUUGUGUUCUUCAAAAUACAGUUGGGGAGAAAAAACUGCCUUCGGACUAUGAUACUUGCAGUUUCAAGCGUGCUCAAAUGUUCCUAAAAUCAAGUGACGUUUUUUUUCAGUUCCUAAACGUGGUGGACGCUUACUGGGAACCGCUGGAAGCACCCAUCAGUAGAGCUUGAGCUGUGUGUGACUGAUAGAUAGAAUGAUUGACAGAAUUCUGCUUUGAAUCUUAUUUUACUGGACGUAUUUGUAUAUGGGGGCGGGGGGAAGUGUUUGAAAUAUUUGAAGGUUGUUAAAAUGUUUACAUUUCCAAUUCAUGUACAGGACAAUACAUUUAUCUCUGUUAAUACAAACGACACGUUUUAUCUGUGGGCCCGAAUGGCUUUUUGUUUGAUUCAGCCCAUCACUUGUGAACAGAAUGGAAUGCAAUACUGUGUGUAGUUCUUUACUGAAAAUAAAGUUUUAUUUAUUUA